CCCAACGGAUCUGUCGGAGUCAAGAGCACCGUCUUCUCAGACGUGUCGGUUCCCGAAAAGCCCCGCCCGCGGCCUAAAAACUACAUGAAGUCGAACAUCUUCUGUGAGGAAGAGGACACCAACGCCAAUGUCAAGAGGAUACAGAACACGCCUCGCAACAAUGAAAACACAAAGGAUCGUAUUUUCGGAGUUCCAAUGGAGCAGUGCGCGAGGAAAGUGCGAAACAGCCCAACGUAUCGUUCGUCAAUUUUUACCGGCGACGACGGCAACACCGCCAGGAAUGGAACGACUGAAGGGGUAAAGACAAGUCCAAAUUGCGACAAAAUGAAUGGAGUAAAUGGCAAUGUCGAAAAGUGCAGCACCACACCCGCAAACAACUGA